AUGGUUUUAAGUAAAAAUCUUAUACUCGUUACCGACGACGCAUUGGGUUUAUCAACCGAUUUUUGGAUGAUCAGCCUUGAAGGAGUGUCAAUAUAUGUCUUAAAGUUAACAGCUGACAGACAUUAUUAUAAUAAUGAAUUGUUGUUUCAAUGUAAACCUGCAGUAUCACAAUUACAACUUCCAACCCUAGAAUUUGAAUCAGCAGUAUGGAUCAUUAGACAAUAUGGUUUAACAAUACCUCAACAACAAGCAUCUAUAUGUGGAUCGAUAUUCAUUUGUUUUGAUUAUCCUGAUGGCUUCAAACAUAUUUUAAAUAUUGAUAUUGACCAUUCUACUUUUACAGAUGUUGGAGCACCAGAUACCAAUUUAUUAUCCUUGUAUUUGCCACAGCUCAAUACAUUGAUAUUAAAAGCUGACGAUGUUGCAGAUCCAACACUCAAUAUUAUGGAUCGUAUCAAAUCACUAAAGACCACCACAACCAUGGAUUUGGGUGACACAUCGAUCAAUAGUCUGCCAGCAGACUUUACAGACUUUCCAUCUCUUCAAGUGUUCACCUGCAAGUGUUCUCUUGUGACGACUAUCCCCAAAAACUUUUUAAACAACUCUGCUUAUUUGCAACAUUUCACAUUCGAUUCAGCGGGUGUCGGUCUGUUAACUUCAGUCACUGUCGAUGACACAUUGUAUUUCCCAAGACUUAAUUACUAUACAAUAAUUUAUUCAAAACUUGACCCUGCUUCUCAUUUGUUUAAUAUUACCUCUAAAUCAUUUCCUUCUUUAGAAAGCUUGACGGAUAUCCUCUCUGCAGUACAAUGUACUGGUAGUGGUGGUUCUCAAUGUCACCUAACAGUAUCACAUCCUGAAGUAGUUAGCUAUAUUGGUGUUUCCGGUCCACAAUCAUCUAUUACACCACCUGUUGGUCCAACCUAUGUAAAUUUAGAAACAGCUGUGUUAGAGUACAUGCAAUACACUAGUUUUCCUUUCACUGUUUAUCCUCCCAAACUAAGAGAAUUAAAUUUACGACAAAAUCAAAUAACUGCCGUUCCCAACGCAGUUGUUCCAUCUACAUUGAAAAUUUUAAUUUUGGGAUACAACCAAUUAACAGGAUCAGCAAUACCCGACGGUAUAUUUGCAAAUAAUAAUGGAUUGGAUAUCUUUGAUUUACAAAACAAUCCAACAUUUACUGGUCCAAUCACAACAGACUAUUGCAAACACGAGAUGAAUAUUAUAAACACUAAUGUUCAAGACAUACCAGACUGCUUCUGGUGCUAUAUUAAUAGUCCUGGAAUUAUGCAAACCAAUCUUAAUAUUCCAGGUGGAUUUACUUGUAAUGAUUAUUAUAUUGAUAAUUCUACAAUGAUUGUAACCAAUAAUAGUAUUGUUGAAAUCACAGGAUUUAAAAUAGGAUGGGGUAACUAUUACCAGAAUGGUCAGUGCCAAGUAGAUAAAGUGGUUGCCAACUCCAAGCUUAAAUUAACUUUUGAUAACCCCGUUUCCAAUACCUUGUCUCCAUUCACUGUCGUUUUGGCAAGCUUUUCGAGUGCACCACAAGUACAACUAUCAAUCAUCGAAGGUGGUAUUACCAUUGGUCAGGUUUCAUACCAACCACUGCCACCAUUGGUGGUUGUAAAUGUUGAAAUGAUCAAGUACAAUCCCUAUUUUGAUCACACACUAACCAUCGAUGGUAGUAUAACUUGUGCAGUGGGACCAAAUGAUACAGCUGCCAAUUGCCCUCCACUCGAGAGAGGUGUUCGUACUGUUACGAUUUCAAAUGGACAUUACUCUGCCAGUGCCACAUUUAAUUUUGAAAUGGAGUAUCCCAUUGUAAACAAGGUGACACCCGUUCCAGCUCUACAAGGAUCGCUUAUAACAUUGACUGGUAAUUAUGGACUUACCUUUUCAACACCAUCUGUAUCGUUUAUGGAAGGAACAGUCGAGAUUGCUCAAUGUGCAAUACAAUCGAUCAAUUCAACAACCAUUGUAUGUCAAGCUGGUGCACCCAUAUAUGACAAACAAGUAGAGUUGUUAGUGUUGGUCGAUGGAGGGUUCUCUACCACUUACAUCAUUACGGGUAUGGAGCUAUGUCAAUUAACAACCAAAAAUUGUUCAGGUAAUGGUCAAUGUGAUGCAAUUCAAGGUGUUUGUAUUUGUACAAGUAAUGCAUUUUAUAAUAAUUGUUCAAAACGUAUUUCAGGAAGUUAUGAUUCAACAAAUACAAAGAUUGUAACUUUGGAAGGUGAUUUUGGACCAUUUGGACAAGUAAAUCCAAUAAUCAAGAUUAAUAAUACUUUACAAUGCACAGUUGCUGCUAAAUCACAAUUCAAAAUUAAUUGUACUCUUGAUCAAUCACCAACUUUUGGAUUGUCAUCUGUACAACUUCAAGUAGACACUUUAAAUACAACUGCAAGAAAUAUAUUGGUAUUACGUCCUCUUCCCAACAAUGGAGGUGGAACUACUACUACAACAACAACCACCACCGCCACAGCAUCAACAACAUCAGGAGGGCCAUCCCUAACACCUAAACAACAGUGUGAAAAAGAUACAUUCAAUUGUUAUGGACAUGGUUAUUGUGAUGAAAAUGGAAUAUGUCAAUGUGAAUCUAAUUAUAAUCCUGUUGAUAAUUGUUUUACAAAGUUUAUCAAUACAACCAUUAAACCAAAUACAACGGACCCAACAGUAUCAUUUGAUAUUGAUGGAAUUGAUUUCCAAUUUGAAAUUGUAUCAAUUCAAGAAUUGGAUUUGGAUGCAGUGGUAUUGAAAGAAUUAUUUAUUUCAAAUUAUUCAUGGAAUGUAAAUGUAUCAAGCAAUAAUAUCAUAACCAUUGUCAACUAUCAAUUAAAUACAACUACAAAUUCCUCUUCCUCUCCACCCUCCUCAUUCCAAUCAGUAUUGGUAUCAUCAACGAUCUCAUUUUCAACACAAUCAAGAGAUAUUCAAUUCGGUGAUCAAACACUUCACAUCAAUCCCAAUUCAAUUAAAUUGGCAGUCAAUAUCACCAACUGGCAAUAUUCAUCCAAUUUGGCAACACUCAGAGUUGUAUUUAGAACAAUUAUUGUUAAUAAUCAAUCUAUUGAAUACGGUUGUGAUGAUGAAAAAGAGGUGGAUCCUUUUGCAUAUGACUCGUUAUCAUCAUUACAAUACCUCAGAGUGAUAAAAGAUGACGUACAAUUCAAUGGUAGAUUUAUUGAUUUUGCACUGUCAGAUGGUAGACCAACCUAUUCACAAACACAACUCAUAUCAUUAACACAAUUGAAUGGUGGAGAACAAUCGAUUGCAAUGAUUGGUGUUGGCUUACCGCAAUGUCAUGAAUGUGUUCUCGAUCCUGAUUUCACACCAUUACUCAUCGACAAGAGCGAAUGCAGUGAGAGUCAAUCAGACACGUGGAAAAUCAUUGUUGGUGUUGUUGUUGGUGGUGUAACACUCGUGGCUAUUAUUAUCGCUGCUGUAAUGGGAUACAAAAAGGCAAUGAAGAUUCGAAAGCAUAAUGAACAUAUUUCGAGAAGAUUAAAGAGAAUGAACAUGGAAGUCGAUUCUUAA